AUGAAUAUCGCCCGGGAAAUGGCUCUCGCUGCUGCUGGUCGCCGGCAGUCGCUGCUGGUCCCCACCCACGCCUUCAGCUUCUACACGCACACACCAGUCAGCCCCCAUCGGUGGCACGACUUUGACCAGGAGCUCACUGCGGCAUGGCAGGCGCUGUGUGCGGCAGUGCUGGAUGCAUACACACAGUCAGAGAACCCCCAUCGUUACCGCCAGAGGAUUCAAGACGCCAUCCUAAAGCUGGGGUACUUCUGGUUCCAGCUGAUGUCGUUGACUCGUGUGUCAGCCUCGGUGGGGCUUGUUUCCAUCCUCGGCCUCUCCAUGGCUGCUGACAUGCAAACCACGGCGCUCAUCUCCCAUGAAGUGCAGGUGGACUGGGAGGCUUUACUCGUGCCUCGCUUUGAAGACUUCAAUGCCUCCAUUGCCCCAUGGCUCUUCGCCUCUACUCAAAGCUCACCCUGGGGUCUUGCCCCUAUUGAGGGCGUCUUAUCCACAACGCACCAUGUGAUUGCAGCGUUGAGCUACGAUGUAUAA